GGCGGUCAGUCGGCCAGCGUAGUUAAGGCUGGGAAAUAUACGCUUUCAAAUUGUUGCAAUUACUUUACUCCGAAGACUCUAGGCAAACAUGUCUAUUGCGGUCUUCUGUACGCUGCUAGCCGCAGUCGUCGCCACGCUGUACUUGAAGUUGCGUCACCAUUACAGCUAUUGGGCGCGUCGCGACAUACCACACGAAGCGCCAAAAUUCUUCGUCGGAAAUAUGAGCGGCGUCGGCACACUCUACCAUUGGAAAGAUAUAAACGAGCGCUUAUACAAACGUUUCAAGGGUCAGUCGAGUAUAAUUGGCGUCUACACUUUCCUCCAGCGUGCCGCCUUCAUAAUCGACCCCGAUCUUAUCAAGGCCAUUUUAGUAAAGGAUUUCAAUUGCUUCACCGACCGUGGACUCUUUCACAAUGUACGCGAUGAUCCGCUUACCGGCAAUCUGCUGUUUUUGGAUGGCGAGCAGUGGCGCGUACUGCGUCACAAGCUGUCGCCCGCCUUCACCACUGGCAAGAUACGUUUCAUGUUCCCCACUCUGGUAACGGUGGGUGAGCGACUUAUUGGCGCUUGUCAACGCAUAAUGAAUAUAGGUCAGAGCGUGGAAUUGAAGGAGCUCUGCGCACGCUACACCACCGAUGUGAUCGGUGAGGUGGCUUUUGGCAUUGAAUGCAACAGCUUGAAGGAUCCGAAUGCGAUAUUUCGGCGCAUGGGACGCGAUAUUGUCGAAAAGUCGCGUCAUUCGCUAUUCGUGGAGGCAUUCAUGUUCACAGAUCCAAAACUAGCGCGUCAAUUGCAUUUGAAAAGCUUUCCCGAUGAUGUAGCCGAGUUUUUUAUGGGCGUGGUGCGCGAAACAAUAACGUUUAGAGAAACGCAUGGCGUGAGUCGCAAUGAUUUUAUGGAUAUGAUGUUGGAGUUGAAAGCGCAGCGUGACCGCUUGGGAAAUGCGGAUAUCAGAGAGGAUGAUCUGACGAACGGUUUAAAUAUCGAGCAAGUGGCCGCACAAGCGAUGGUAUUCUACUUGGCGGGCUUUGAAACCUCAUCCACCGUUAUGUCAUUCUGCAUUUACGAAUUGGCGCUUUAACCCGAUUUGCAAGAGAAAUUGCGCGCAGAAAUUUUCGCGGUUUUGGAAAAAACCAAUGGGCAGGUGACUUAUGAGGCGAUCAAAGAAAUGGUUUAUCUGAAAAAAGUGAUAGCAGAAACGCUCCGCAAGCACCCCGUCAUACCGCAUCUGGUACGCCUCACCACCGUAGACUAUUGCAUACCCAAUACCGAUAUCGUGCUGGAACGUGGCAUGCGCAUCUUCAUACCCAUAGACGCGAUACAUCACGAUCCAGAAAUCUUCUCCGAACCAGAGAAAUUCGAUCCCGAACGCUUUACUCCAGAGGCUAUUGAAAAGCGCCAUCCGUUUGCCUAUUUACCCUUCGGCGAAGGUCCAAGAAAUUGCAUCGGCAUGCGUUUUGGUGAAUUGCAAACCUCAAUUGGGGUCAUACAAUUGCUGCGCAAUUUCAGAUUCAAACCAUCUGCGUGUACCAGAGUGCCAAUGGUGUAUGCGAAGAAGAGUUUCCUAAUCGCCGCCGAGGGUGGCAUACAUCUGGCAGUGGAGAAGUUGGAGGCAACUAUUUGAGCGAACGUAGAAGCGUGUGUGGCCUCUAAGAUACUUAAUUUUGUAAAUUAAAGCAAUUACAACUUUUGACGUGAUAACGUCUUAUAAUUCGAUUUAGCCGGCUGCACGCACGAAAAAAUGUGUCGUUACCUUGC